UGAUGUGAUGCUCUUUGCUCCUUAGCACGGUUUGCAACGUAGUUGUAUCUUUCCCAUCAAACAAGCGUACCGCCGCUACGAAGCCUUUCUCGGUAGCAUACCAGAGCGCUGUUCGGUCGUGUUUAUCCUUGAUGUUCAGGUCGAUGCCGUCCAUUCUGAGAAAGUUGCCUCACCACAUCUUCCUUCCCUUCCUCGACAGCCCAUGAGAGUGCCGUCCGGCCGUCGUGAUCCCUGAUGUUCACGUCGAUGCUGUCCUUUUCGAGCAGUUGCUCCACCAUAUAUUCCUGCCCUUUAUCCGCAGCCCAUGAGAGUGCCGUCCGGCCGUUGUUAUCCCUGAUGUUCACGUCAAUGCCGUCCUCUUCGAGCAAAUAUGCUACUAUACCUCUAUUCCCUUCCCCCGCAGCCCAUGAUAACGCCGAUCGACCACUUUCGUCCCGUCCGUUUAUAUCCUCACCAUCCUGUAUUUUUUUUUGCACCAAAUCAAGGUCGCCUUUUUUUGCGGCUCUAUGUAGAGCCAUCUUUGACAUGCCUCUGGGCUUAUGAAUGCCGCAAGAAAACCAGAAUUCUAAAUUUCAAGAAUAAUAUGACUAUGGAUGGUCUGAUUGUAGUCAGUGGUGGAGGCAUGCCACCGUAGCUUGGAGAGUGGAGUGCGCUGUUUUAUCGGGUUGGGGUUCGGCCGCCCGCCCGCCACCUAACAGAGAGACAAGGAUGCAGCAAGCCACAUGCAGCACGGCCCG